GAGAAAACCAAACUUUUGCCCAAAAGGAAGAAUCAUAACGCCCAGUUCAUUGUUUGGAAUUCAAAUUUAGCCAACAUGUCAUUUUUCGGAAUCGGAAGGGGAAAUCAAUCUGUGAACCCUCAAAACAUUGCUUUGGCUGAGCAGGAAGUAGAAUUAAGUGUGGAGAUUUUCAACAGAAUGGUAUCUUCUUGUCAUAAAAAGUGCAUUGCUACACCAUACAAGGAAGCCGAUUUGACCAAAGGAGAAAGUGUUUGUAUUGACCGUUGUGUUGCCAAGUACUUUGAUACUAGUAAAGUUUUAGGUGAGCACUUGAAGAAAAUCGGCGAACAAAAUGCUCCCCCUCAGUAAGAACUUUAUGACAGAUUUUUCUAUGGAUGGUUUUCACUAGUUUCCCAGAAAACCAUGUCUCAUCAUGGAAAGGAAAAUGUUUGUACAAUUCCUUUGACCAUGAACCUUUAUUCCAAAAAUUUUUUUAAUACAUUCUAUUUUGUAUUUCUACAAUGGCUCUCAUCGUUCUUAAACUAUACUAUUAACUUUCACAUCUCUUGAACCCUU